GGGGGAAUUGUGGUUGAUAAACUGAUGAAGUUGCGAAGCAGGCCGGAAGACGGAAUCAUGGAGCUUUCGUGGGAAAAUGGUCAAGUUGUUAUGCAGAGCCAAAAAAACCAAACAUCUCUCAAGAAGUCUCCGACGUUUAAAUUCCACGGCGCCGGCCAAUCAGCUCCUAGAGAGAUCCGAGCGUCGCCAUUGUCUCAUCAGCAGCAACAACUAUCGGUUACCGAUCAUCUCUUCGUGCAAGAAGAUGAAAUGGCUCCGUGGCUUCAAUAUCCUCUCAACGAUGCCAACUUCGACCACGAUUUCGGCGCUGAUCUCCUCUAUCAUUCCACCGCGGCCUCCGUUCCUCCGCUCGGAAAAGUUAAUCAAGUUCCUGGCCCUGCUGCGGCGUCAGGUUCUAGGCCCCUGAUGCCGCCUCCGAGGAGGAAUGAGUUGGAAUCGACGACGAUCCAUAACUUUGUUCACUUCUCCAGGCAUAAAACGGCGAGGGCGGAGCAAUCUCAACCGUCAAAUUUGAAGAGCGUAGAGAGGCAACUGACGGUUGUCGAUUCCAGCUAUACUCCAUCGAUAGCUCCCGAACGGGGCGCCUCCCAGGCCAGGCCAAGCAACACCGAGACGGCAUCUGGUGGAAACAACAACAAUGCCAGCGCCAACAUGGGCGCCGCUCCAGUUGCCAACGCUAGAUCAGCAGGUGUCACCACGGUUGCCAACAAGGACAAUUUAGCCACGUGCGAGGUCAAGGUGACAUCACCACCUAAAGGCUACAGUGCCAUCCCCGAACCGAGGGCUCAAAAGGCGGCCCCGGCUGAGGACCGGAAGCGUAAAGGAAGAGAACCGGACGAAGCCGAAUGUCAGAGUGAGGAUGCUGAGUUUGAAUGCGCUGACACAACGAAACCACGUGGAUCAACGUCUACAAAAAGGUCUCGUACUGCAGAGGUCCAUAACCUCUCAGAAAGGAGACGGAGAGACAGGAUAAAUGAAAAGAUGAAGGCUUUGCAAGAACUUAUACCUCGUUGCAACAAGGUUUUCAGACAAGCAUCAAUGCUGGAUGAGGCAAUUGAAUACCUAAAAUCACUUCAGUUGCAAGUUCAGAUGAUGGCCAUGAGCUGUGGCAUGGUCCCAAUGAUGUUUCCUGGUAUUCAGCAAUACAUGCCAACAAUGGGAAUGGGAAUUGGGAUGGGGAUGGGCAUGGCCAUGGGAAUGGAUAUGGGAAUAAGUAGGCCAAUGAUGCCGUUUCCCAAUGUCUUGGCUGGCUCAGGAUUACCGACAUCAACUGCUGCGGCACAUUUGGGUCCAAGGUUUCCUAUGCCAGCCUUUAAUAUGCCACAACCAGUUCCAACUUCCGAUCCAUUGAGAACCCAACCGAACAACCAGCCAGAUGCAAUGCUAAACCCGAACCAGCCACAAGUUCCAAAUUUGGCUGGUCCUGAUCAGCAGCAUCUCAGUCUUCAACAGAUGCAAAUACUCCAUCCACAGGGUCAAGCAACGGCACAGCCAAGUUCUAGUAAACCUAGUGCCAGCUCGGCCGAGAAUCUUGAAAAUCACCAAUCAGGUGCGUGCGUUCUUCUAUAGUUGUACAUUAUUAAAAGAUUGUUGCCGAAAGCAUUGUGUGGAUGGGAAAUAAGAAGACGGUAAAUGCCAUGAACCCCCUCUAAUAGACUUCAUG